GUUUGUCGGCGGAGAGAUGAUCAUAUGUUAUUGGAUUCUUGAAUACUCUGUUUACUAGUGCGAAAAGCCAUACUUCCUGUUGGAACUUGAAAUAGAGUAUAUCUUGUUCAAAGGUUCAGAGUUUCAUCUCAGAUACAAUUCCUUCUCAGAACUGAGACUAAAGGAUGGCUGUGAAAAUGGAGGAAGACUUAGAGUUUCUGUCACUGAAGUCUCAGCUAAAUGAAACAAACCUCAUGUGGAAGGAGGAGAUGGAACGACGACAGUCUCAGGUGGAUGCCUUGCAGGCAAAGCUUAUGGAGGUAAAGGCUUCUGUCCAGGAUUCUGAGAAAGAAGCCAAGAACGAAGUAGAAGUUCUUUGGCGAAGGGUCAAAACUACAGCAACAUUGCUUACGCACUUGACAUCAAAAGCAAGAAUCAUGGCAGUUCCACAUUUGGCUCAUACUUCAUGUGGAAUCAGACAUCAAGAAGGGAUGGGUCUUGUUGACAAAAAUGGUACGCCAUUGCCCGAAUGGUCAAAGGAUGUCGAUCUUUCUUCCUUUGAUUGUGCAGAUGAGGAAACUUGGACCAUAAUCAGUAACAGGCAAGGAUCCAUUGAUCAACAUGAUGGAGCUUAUAUUGGUGAAAUACUUAAGUCCAUACGAAUGGUGACGGAUGUAAUGGAAGCUCUUGUGAAGCGGGUUAUCAUGGCAGAAACUGAAACAUCUGUUGAGAAAGAAAAGGUUACUUUAGGUCAGGAAGAGAUUAAAAAGAAGUCUCUUCAAAUUGAAAGCAUGUCAGCGAAGGUAGAGGAAAUGGAAAGGUUUGCGCUGGGUACAAACUGUAUUCUAAAUGAAAUGAAGCAGAAGGUUGAAGAUAUGGUUCAGGAAACAUCUAGACAAAGGCAACGAGCUUCAGAAAAUGAACAGGAGCUUUGUCGUGUGAAGCAGGAUUUUGAGUCGCUGAAAUCCUAUGUCAGUAGUCUUAUCAGUGUGCGGGGAACACUUCUUUCAUCAGAGAAGCAAUUUCAAACAAUUGAGAGGCUUUUUGAGAGGCUAGUUACUAAGACCACUCACUUGGAGAGUGAGAAGAUGCGGAAAGAGGCUGAGGUGCAGAAACUCAUGGAGGAGAAUGUUAGGCUGAGUGCUCUACUUGACAAGAAGGAGGCUCAGCUGUUGGCCAUGAAUGAACAGUGUAAGGUAAUGGCUCUGAAUGCUUCACUAUCCAGUUCCUAGAAGGAUGCAUUCUUGUGCUAUUGCUGGUCUGCAUCGUUUGUAAAGGUGUUAUCAAGCAGAUCCGCCCGUCCUUCAAGUGUACCAUCCUGGAUCAAUGCCUAUAUAGAUAGGCUCCU